AUGGCACUUAGGAGACUUUCGAAAGAGUUGGCCGAAAUAACAAAUGAUCCACCUCCAAACUGCAGCGCUGGCCCGAAGGGCAACGAUAUGUACGAAUGGGUAGGCACGAUUUUGGGCCCUCCGAAAUCCGUAUACGAGGGCGGUAUAUUCUUUUUAGACAUUCACUUUCCACAAGAUUACCCUUUUAAGCCGCCGAAGAUCAUGUUCCAAACUCGCAUAUAUCACUGCAAUAUAAACAAAAGCGGUACGAUCUGCUUGGACAUUCUGAAGGACAAAUGGAGUCCAGCGCUAACAAUUAGCAAAGUGUUAUUGUCCAUUUCGUCCUUGCUGACCGACUGUAAUCCGCAAGAUCCGUUGGUUUCGCAAAUCGCUGUCCAGUACUUAGAGAAUCGCGAAGAACACGAUCGAAUCGCUCGGGCGUGGACAAAAGCGUAUGCGACGUGA